AUUUCAGCUGUGAUUUGGUAGAUCCUUGCCAUUCUUCCAUACGUCGCGUGAAUGCCAUGCGUGUAGUCCUCCUGGAGAGGCUCUGGGCUUCGUCCUGUGCGGCCGCUUUUGUUUGGCAAUUGGCUAUUGCCUCCGCUGUAACAUCAAAUCAUGGAGGUGAUGAAGGACCGGCAGAAGACUCGUCAUCAGACGUUCAUGAGGGCCGGGUUUCUGCAGCAAUUGGUGCAGCAGGUUUCAUAGGAACAACUCCCAGUCGUAGAAUCAUGCGAACAGAGCGAAUGGAGGAAAACUCAGCACCUUUUGCUGACAUCAUGGAAGUGUUUAAUAGCACACUUCCACCGCAGUUUGAUGACACUGCAGAAACUACAUUGGACCCAACGAGCGAGCAGCAAAAUUGUAGGUGGUAUGAUUGGAGUCCUUGGUCAUAUUGCUCCAAAAGCUGUGGUGAAGGAUGGAAAAGCAGAAAACGUGCCAUAGCUGUCCAACCACGCAAUGGGGGCACCCAGUGCGAUGGACCAUCUGAGGACCUCGAAAUUUGCAAUGAAUUCGACUGCCCCAUAGACUGUCAAUGGGGCUUGUGGCAUGACUGGAGUGGUUGUACCGCCUCUUGUGAUGGUGGUACUCGUCAGCGAGGUAAACCGGUAAAGAUUCAGAACAAUUCUCUAGGCAAGCCAUGCAACCCUACAGAGGGUAUUCAGAUUGAGGAUUGCAAGACACAACCUUGCAGUCGAGACUGCAAAUGGGCUGACUGGACCGCUUGGGGAGCGUGUUCCACAAGCUGCGAUGGUGGAGUCAAGCUGAGAACUAGGUCUGUAGGAGAAGCUCCAGUUGGAGGUGGACGACAGUGCGAAGGUGCCUCUAGAGACGAAGAGGCUUGCAGUCUGAAGGCCUGCCCACAGGACUGCGAACUAGGAGAUUGGAGUGCAUGGACCAUUUGUUCUGUGUCCUGCGGAAAUGGCACCAGCGUCCGCAAGCGCAAAGUCGUGUCGAAAGCAGCAGAAGGUGGGAAACCUUGCACUGAAGCACUGGAAGAGGAAAGCGCGUGCUACAAAGAGGGAUGUCCAGUUGACUGCCAGUGGGAAGAUUGGAGCUCAUGGACGGAGUGCGGCAUCUCUUGUGGCAGCAACGUAUCUCUGUGGGCAACAAGCACCCGCCAGAGGGCUGUGAAAGAAAGUCUCGGUGGUAAACCGUGCACGGGUCAGGAUGAGCGGAAAACACUGUGUGGUCAGAGCCCAUGCCCUGUUGAAUGCGUAUGGGAUGACUGGGGAGAGUGGAAGGCUUGCACAAAGUCCUGCGGCAUCGGAAUCACAGAACGGUUGCGGAAUGUAUCUGUCCCCGCUGCGCAUGGUGGACAAGAUUGCAUGGGCUCCACAAGGGAUGUCAAAAAGUGUGCCAAAGCGCCAUGCCCACAAGACUGCCGUUUUGGAGACUGGGAAGACUGGUCAGAAUGCAGCAAGCCUUGCGGAGAGGGCUCGGCCAUUCGUUAUCGCUUGGUGAGCACGCCAGCACUACAUGGUGGACAGACAUGCCUGGGUGCCAGACACCAGACUGGGCCAUGCAAUGGAACAGAUUGCGUGACAACAGAAGAGCUGCUUCGCAAGGGUCUAGCCACCCAGAUUACAGGGGCGAUGCACAUCAUAACCGAAGACCCAAUUGCCUAUGCCGCCACUCCUUUAGUGGAGCAGGUCAGCCGGGAAGCCUUGGCUGAGUUUGCUGAGCUGCCAGUUCGACGCGUCCACGUCUCUAUGAUGCCUGAUGUUUCGAAAUCUCAGGAUGUCAUCGAUUGGUUUAGUAUGCUGAUUCCAAAUUCCACAAACAUCACUGCAGUGCUCCACCACAUCUCAUCAAAGGACCUUUACGAAGCAGGGAAGAUUCUGCGUAGCAAACUACGAAGGGUAGGGGUGUCGGUUCUUGUGAACAUUUCGAAGUUGAGCGUCCAUUGGAAUGCGAUGAGUGGGCUUAACAAGAGCAAGACGAGUAAUACAACUAAUACAAGCUCCAACAACAGUGCUGCAUCAAAUAACCCGAAUGCCACAAGAUUGACAGGGGUUGUGAAGAUGGUUGUGCUGCAGCCUUUGAAGUUUGCCGAAGAUGUAAAAGCAAAAGAGGCUACUGAGAAGCUUCUUUCAGAACUCUCUGGGAUCGCACAACCAGGUGUUCACGCAUCUUUGAUUCCAGACCAGGUCUAUCACUAUGAAAGGGACUUUGGGACUGAGAGCGGAACAGAGCAGUCCGCUGCCAUUCCCAGUGACUCAGUUCGCAACGCAACAGGGGAGGUGCAUGCUUGGUUCAGUCUCGUAGGCACCGUGCAGCCAGCACGGGAGACAGCAGUUGCCGAAGCUCGCAGAAUUGCUGCGUCGAUGAUGUCACAGGAUCUUGACGAUGCAACUGUGAGAGAAAACUUCUUUUUAGACGGAGUAGGGCUGCCAAAUGCAGACAGCAAGGUGAUCCAAAUUCUUGCAAAGGCAGAUGGUGAUGAAUACCAGGUUCAGGAGGAGGAGGAGUCAGGAGUCUUGGACCUCUGCAAGAGCUGUACAAAAGUGACAGGGGUUCUGGAAAUGAUCACAGACUAUCCGAAUUCAUUUUCAGCUGAUCAUAGAUCUGAAGAGGGCUUGAAGCAAGCUAUCUCCCAACUUGCUGGUGUUUCCUAUGACAGUGUCCGAGUAUCAGUGGUGCCGAGUGAUAAGUCACGGAUCGACUCGCUCGAUUCACUUCUCCAGUCUGAUACGGAGGCCCAUGAGGUCACGACUCUAGCACCUCUUGAUGAAGAACAGUCAUUCGAGAACGAAGUAUCAGCUUGGUUUGUGAUCACCAUUCCCUUGACGUCUACAACAACUGGAGAUGACGUCGUGGAGAAGUUGGAAAAAGAGGAUCUGACCAUCAUGAGUUUGAAGGUCCAAAAUUGCAUUGUAGACGAGGGUCUUGAUUUGACAGUCAAAGUGGGCCGAAUAUCGGCAGUGGUCCAGACGACCACCACAACAACAGCUGCAACAGGUGUUAUCAAGAAAGUGGAUUUCAGCGCGACUUCAGAAACAGGAAUAGCUGGAAUAGCAUCUGGUCAAGGCGAUCAGACUUCAGCAGAUGGCCAAUCUGUCGUCACCGGAGAUAGCGCUUCUGCACCGGCAAAAGUAGUUGCCGUGGUGGCUGCAGUGUCGCGAGAGGAUGUAGAGCCACCAACGAUGUCCAACCCAGGUGGAGGGGAUGAGGAAUCUGAUGAUGCAGAGAGUGAAACGAAGGCUCCGGCCAAUGCAACUGCAAGUGGAGCAUCCUUGCUGGAAGGAUUGAAGUCUGCAGCGUGUGCAUCUUUCUCACCAUUGGCUGUCCUUUUUGCUCUCCAAAGCUUUCAUUAUCAUUCCUAGCCCAACCUCGCUGCUACUUUGUUCCGAGAAAUGCCAAAAAAGAUGACAAAAAGACAUAAAAAGACUUCAAUCUGCUUCAUGCUCUGCUUCAUGCUGCUUCAUGUUACUUUAUUGAGUCUCG